AUGAUGGAACCACACUCUGCUCCCACGCCCAAGAAGUAUUCUAAGAAACCCAAAUAUUCAAAGUUCUCACAGCAAGAACUUCCUGCAUGGAAACCAAUCCUAACACCUGGUUGGGUCAUUUCCACAUUCACUGUCGUAGGAAUCGUUUUCAUCCCCGUCGGUCUUGCUUCAUUGUUUUCAUCAGAAAGCGUGGAAGAAGCUGCAAUCAGAUACGACGACAAAUGCCUUAACGAGAUCCAUGCUCAAAACGCGGUGGCAUUUAUCAAAAACGACAUGACAAACAAGACAUGCACGACAUCAUGGACCGUCGAACGCAAAAUGCAAGGGCCUAUCUUCAUCUAUUACCAGCUUGAUAAUUACUACCAGAACCAUCGAAGGUAUGUGAAGAGUAGAAAUGACAAGCAGCUAGUGAAUCCAGCAUCUGAAGGAGACACAACAAAUUGUUAUCCACAAGACAAAACCAAUGGUAGCAUGCCAAUUGUUCCAUGCGGCCUCAUUGCUUGGUCUCUCUUCAAUGACACUUACAAGUUUUGGGUCAACACCAAGAGUUUGACCGUCAACAAGAAAGACAUAUCAUGGGGGAGUGAUAGAUCCCACAAAUUUGGCUCCAAGGUUUAUCCCAAGAAUUUUCAACUAGGAGGUCUAGUUGGAGGCGCGAAACUCGAUGAAAACAUACCUUUGAAUCAACAAGAGGAUCUGAUUGUUUGGAUGAGAACGGCAGCACUGCCAUCUUUCAGAAAACUGUAUGGGAAGAUUGAGACUAACCUGGAAGUGAAUGAUAGUGUAGAAAUAGUGAUAGAGAACAAUUAUAACACAUAUGAGUUUGGCGGGAAUAAGAGGCUCAUUCUAUCAACUGCAACUUGGAUUGGUGGAAAGAAUCCCUUCUUAGGCAUGGCAUACCUUUUUGUUGGUGGGGUAUCCUUGCUCUGCGCUAUAGUAUUCAUACUACUCUAUGUCAUCAAGCCAAGGCCUCUUGGGGAUCCCUCCUACUUGUCUUGGAACAAAAAUCCAGGGCAUCUAAAAUGAUUAUUGCUAUAAUUUUUUUUUUACUUCAUUAGGUGUAUAUAAACAUUGUGAUGUGAG